GGUUAUGAAUAAAUUGUUUAUUAUAAAAACUUGGUAGAUCAUUUGUUUCUAUAGAAAGUAAUGACAGAAAAAGAAGAAGAAUAUAGCGGUUAAGUCUACCGAAAAAUACCAAAACAAGCUAUUUAAUUAUUGUUUCUAAUAAAUGUUUAAUUAAGAAUUUGUUAAAAUGAUGGGAGUAAGAGUAAAUACUUUCAACGAAAAUAAUUUAGGUGAACCUGAUCAAGAUGCCAAUUCAGCUUUAACCGAACUAGACAAAGGUUUAAGAUCGGCUAAAGUAGGUGAACAAUGUGAAGCUAUUGUAAGAUUCCCUAAACUAUUUGAAAAAUAUCCUUUCCCGAUUUUAAUAAAUGCAUCUCUGCUUAAAUUGGCAGAUGUAUUUCGUAUGGGUAACAAUUUUUUGAGACUAUGCGUUUUGAGAGUUUGUCAACAGAGUGAAAAACAUCUAGAUAAAAUAUCAAACGUUGAUGAAUUUGUACGUAGAAUUUAUACUGUCAUACAUAGCAACGAUCCUAUUGCUAGAGCUGUGACUAUAAGAAUAUUCGGAGCUGUUGCGGCGAUUAUUCCAGAACGGCAGCAAAUUCAACAUUGUAUUAGGAGUAGUCUGGAUUCACAUGAUAGUGUUGAAGUGGAAGCAGCCAUUUAUGGUGCAGUUCAGUUCGCAGCACAGUCAAAAACAUUUGCAAUAAGUAUGUGUAACAAAGUAUCUGAUAUGAUACAAAGGCAGUCAACUCCUGCUAAUAUGAAGCUACAACUAAUUCCAAUUCUACAAUAUAUGCAUCAUGAUACAAAUACAUCAGCUAUGGUUAGAUCUCUCUGUAUUGAACUGUUACCAGGAUAUCCCGCUGUGGAAUUUGUCUUAGUAACUUUAAAUGCUUUAACAAAAUUAGCUGAAGCCACUUUAGUAGACAUACCGAGUCAGGUUAAUUUAUUAUUGAACUAUCUGAAGAGCGAUCCUCGUUGGGAAAUUAAAUUGAGAGCAUUACAACAUUUAUAUGAGUUAGCGAAACCAGGAGCACACUUAUGGCCUCCAGGUGCAAUUGAUGAGAUUAUAAAUUUUGCUUUGAAUACCGAUCAAAAGAAAAUUUUGUCUCCAUCUUUAAGAGUGUUGCAAGUGUUGGUGGAAUCCCCAAAAAUGUGUUACGAGCACAGAUCAUCGGGUUCCAAACUUAGAGAACUCUGUUACAAUCACUGUUAUUCUCCAGAACCCAAAAUAGGGGCGCAAGCGAUACAAAUACUCAGCCAUAUAUUGUGUUAUUGCUAUAAAGAAAAUAUACCAACUGAAGGGGAAGAAGAAAUAACAGCAGCAUUAGAAACGCUAAUUUUAUUAUUAACUUUUAUGAAAACAAAACAUUCGGUACAUUUAAAAACAGUUUUAAAAUGUGCCGUUCAAUUAUGUGAAGCUAAAGAUCAAUUCUGUGAAAUAUUUGUAGAAUUGUUAGGAACUCGAUUGGAUAAUGUUGAUGGCGAUAAUACUCUGACGAUAUGUGAAACUCUUGGCGCUAUUGGUAGUUUAAGACCGGAAACUCUAAUACCACUUAUUGAUACUAUUAUAAAUAUAUUAACGGCUCUGAAUGAAAUUAGGGAACCGACUCAAUUGCAAACCCAAACGAAAACCAUGUUAUGUACUUUGAUGUUUCAGACUUUAUGUGGUCACAAAUGGAAUGAAGAUACUUUUGAUAUUGUGAUGAAAGUAGUGGGUAAUAAUAAUAUGUGGGCUAAUUAUUGUAUAGCAAGAGCUGCUAUGAGAUACGGUCAUCAUAAGGUGGCGCAUCAUAUUUUCCUUGGACUUACUGAACAAGUUAGUUCAGAACAUUUCCACUUUUGGUUGAUAUGUUUGAAAGAAUUAUCCAAAGCUGAAUGCGAAUUGUACAGUGAAGAUUCCGAAACGCUUAUCACUAGAUUAGAUUCCGCCGUGAUACAUUAUAAUAAAGCGAUAGCAGCUUUAAAGGCUGCUAGUACCCCUCAACAUAAUCUGGCAUUUCAAGCGGAAUAUAUGAAAAUUAGAACCGAUUACUUACAUUGUUUAUUACAAUUGAUUUAUAGUUGUAAUAUAUUGUGUAUAGUACCACCUCCGGCGAUAGCAGCCACUUUAGUUCAGAAUACUAGAGACGAAUACCAGAGGCACGGUUAUAUUACGAAUCAAUUGAGAAAAUGCGCCAAGGAUUUUAAAAAUUGCGGUGAUAUGCAUUGGAAAUUGUAUCAAACAACUUUCGAUGCCGAUCCUGCCACACUUGAAAUCAUACAAAUUCUGCAACAAACUUGUGUCUUAUUAGAAAAAUGUGUGGAAAGUUUGUGUGUGAGUGGUACUAAACUGAAAGACGAAUACAUCGAAUUCGGUUCCAAGCAAACUAAAUUGGAAUCGCAGCAACUUGUAAAGGCUUGCGAAAACGCUUUAAAAAUCGCCCAAAGCGUUUCGGAGGAAAAUAAUUCCACUAUAACGCAUAGUCAAGUAGAAGUUCUAAAAAAAAUAAUAGAAAUAUUAAUAAACGCAUCUUUACCGAUACCCCGGUAUUUUUUCCAAGUAUUACAAUCAACCAGCGUGAAGUUGGCCAUAUCACCGCAACCUAGAGUAUUGGGGGAAUUUAUAAGCGUACAAGCCGGUUCGCAAUUAGCUGUCAAAGUAGAGGGCGUUAUACAACACGGCAUGAAACCGGGAUUAUUCCGAAAAAUAGACGAGGUUAUUAUUAACGUCACUUCGCAGUUGCAAACUAAUCCGAAAAAUAAAGAUAGUUUGGAUCCUAAGCUGCUGGAACAAGUGUCAAUUUUGACACAAACCGUUACACCACACAAAGAUUUUUUCACCGCUCAAUUUUUAUUGGCUUUUCCUAGAGGUGGGCAAUAUUUGUUAUCGGUCGAAGCAUCCGUUAUUGACGAAGAAACUAAUAUAUGGAAAACUGGACCGAAAUCUACUUUAACCGUAAAAGUACCAGAAGAAACUAAAUUGGCUCCUAUAACGGUACCUGGUAUGGCCAACAAUGCAAACGUGAUUCUUAUGCCGGAAGACAGCCUAUUCGUACGUCCCCAACAAAAAAAGACUAUUUAGUUAAUAGAAUUUAUAUUUACACUAAAAAAAUAUUUUAUAAACAAUUCCAAUAAAAAAUAUGUUAACAAUUAUAAACUUUAUUAU